AUGGCUGCCGAUGUCGCUCCCCAGUUUGGGGCAGAGCUAAAGGAUUCCUUCAAACCGGUCAACAAUUGGGUCUCAAACGGUAUAUCGUGGGUGGAUGAAAUCCACCAAUUCUAUCGCGAGCGCAGUGCUAUUGAAAAGGAAUAUGCGGCCAAGUUAACCGCCCUGUGCAAGAAGUACUAUGAUCGCAAGUCGAAGAAGAUCAGCCCCUUGAGUGUCGGCGAUACUCCUACGCUGACCCCCGGAUCCCUUGAGAGCGCCUCCUUGACAACAUGGACAACACAAUUGAAUGCGGUGGAAUCCCACGCCGCCGAGCGGGACAAGUUUGGCUCGGAUCUGGUGGUGCAAGUGGCGGAUCCGCUGAAACACGCUGCAGCUCAAUAUGAAGAGAUUCGCAAGUGUCAUGUCGAUUACCACGGCAAGUUAGAAAAGGAACGAGAGGCAGCCUAUGGGGAUCUCAAGAAAGCCAAGGGGAAAUACGAUGGUGCAUGUCAGGAAGUCGAAUCUCGCAGAAAGAAGAUGGAGUCGUCGUUCGAUCAUGGUAAAAGUAAGGCGCAAACGGCAUACCAGCAACAAAUACUGGAGAUGAACAACUAUAAGAACCUCUACCUUAUUAGCAUCAACGUGACAAAUAAGCUGAAGGAGAAGUUCUACCAUGAAUAUGUGCCGGAGAUACUCGACGGUUUACAAAGCCUCAACGAAACCCGAGUCGCAAAGAUGAACACCAUGUGGACACUUGCAGCUCAACUCGAGAAAUCAUGCCUCGCAAACAGCACUGAGCACAUGGCAAAUCUCCUUGUCGAAAUCCCUCGCAAUAACCCCCGAUUGGACUCUUUGAUGUUCCUCCAGCACAACGUGACGCAAUCGCAGGAACCUGCAAACCUCGGCUUCGAGCCAAGCCCGGUAUGGCAUGAUGAUGCUUCGAUCAUCACAGACGAGGCAGCAAAGGUCUUCCUGCGCAACGUUCUGGGUAAAAGCAAAGGCCAGGUCCGCGAACUACGAGUCGAGGCAGAUAAGAAGAAGCGGGAAGUUGAAGCUAGCAAGAAGGUCCGGGAAGCCAUUCAAAGUGGCAAAGACAAUCGAAACGAACUAGAUGUCGUGCGCUCUAUCUUUUACAUCCAAGAGGCGUUGCACGAGGUCGAUCGGAAAUGGGUGACAGCUGAAGUGGAGACGGCAACAAUCAUGGCAGUGGCCGGAGAUUUGUCGUUCGGUGCCCAGAACCAUAACUUCCGCUCCCAAACAUUCAAGAUCCCGACAAACUGUGAUCUUUGCGGCGAGCGAAUCUGGGGAUUGUCCGCCAAGGGCUUUGAUUGUCGCGACUGUGGAUACACCUGCCACAGCAAGUGUCAAAUGAAGGUGCCAGCCGAGUGUCCGGGUGAGCAAUCAAAGGAAGACAAGAAGAAGCUCAAGACUACGCGGCAAGAACAAGCCGGUGCCAUGCCUGCUAUUGAUGUCAAUUCACCUACUGCAUCCUCUCGCCCCACAUCACUUACAAGGCAAAACACGAUGAAUUCUCUAAGCUCCGGAUAUGCGGCCAGUACGGCUCGAUCAGCGUCCAACGUGGCUUCUCAACCUACUCCAGAAACCCCAGAAGAGGAGGCUCCCACUCCUGUCGCGGAGACCAAGCCAGCUGCCGCUAAGAGGCACCGCGUCCUUGCGCCUCCACCGACAGCAUACAUGGCUGCACCUCCCCCAACCGAGUCGAGUUCAAAAUCUAAAGAACCGCACGGCAAGAUGCUCUACGCUUAUCAGGCCACCGGCUCGGAUGAGGUUACUGUAGAAGACGGCGAUGAUGUUGUGAUUGUCCAAGCGGAUGACGGAUCUGGAUGGAUGCGUGUUCGCGCCGGAGGAAACGAAGGUCUCGUUCCGACUGCAUAUGUAGAGGCCGCCCCAACACCUUCCCCCGUGCCAUCCCCCAGCCCUGCCAUGACCGACCGGCCAGGCUCCGUCUACUCCAACUCAUCCGCAUCACUGGCCGGCAGCGCAGCACAAAAGCGCGUCGGUCCAGCCGUUGCACCGAGAAGAGGAGCCAAGAAAUUGCAAUAUGUCGAGGCAUUGUACGAAUAUGAAGCCCGCAGCGAUAUGGAAUGGAACAUGGCCGAAGGAGAUCGAUUUGUUCUCAUCAACAAGGACAGCGGUGAUGGCUGGGCUGAUGUUGAACGGGGUGGUGUCACUAAGAGUGUCCCGGCGAACUACAUCCAGGAGGUGUAG